GGCCAGUCUAUGGAGGAGAGGAGAGACAUUGAAAGGGAAAACAGAGGAGAGCAUAUUUUGAAACACACAUAAGAAAAAGGUAAGUUUUCAAAAACAAAAGGGAAAGCUGAGAGGAAAUGGGGGAUGUUGUUGUGUUUGUUGAUGAUUUAUCAUCGAAUUAUUCAAUUUCACACUGUAGAAUUUGCCAUGAAGAAGAAUUUGAAAGCUUUAAGAACUUGGAAGCUCCUUGCGCUUGUUCUGGCACUGUCAAGUUUGCACAUAGAGAUUGUAUACAGAGGUGGUGUAACGAGAAGGGAAACACAACCUGUGAAAUUUGUCUUCAGGACUAUGGACCAGGAUAUACUGUAACAGUAACAGCACCUUCAAAGAAGUCUCAGCUGAUUGAAGCUGCAGUAACCAUCAGAGAUAGCCUACAAAUUCCGAGAAGAGAGCUUGAGCCACAACACCAAAGGUUGGUGGCCUUAGCUGAAGGAAUGAACGUCGAGAAUGACUUCCCUCAAUGUACUUCUGCUGCUGACAGAGGCGCCUCUUGCUGCCGAUCACUGGCCCUCACUUUUACUGUGGUCUUGCUCGUCAAACAUCUCUUUGCAGUGCUCAAUGGCGAAACUGAUCAUUACCCAUUUGCACUCCUUACCAUACUUUUUUUAAGAGCUACUGGAAUUUUACUCCCAAUGUAUAUAUUGGUUCGGACAAUUACGGCUAUUCAAAACAGCCUUAGGCGACAUUAUCAUGAUUCUGACGAGGAGCCCUCCAACUCUGACGAUGAAGACGAUUGUUUGAGCAGCACAGUCGCACACCACAACUGA